UAUGGUUAUGUGUUGAGAAAUUAUUAAUAUAAUUGAGAAAUUGUUGUAGAUGAAAACAGGUAACAAAGAAACUCAUAAUAAUGAGGUUGUAGAGAUUGACCAUAACAAAAAAUGUAGUCAUAUGAACGUCCAAUAAAGAGGCAAUUUUUAUUGACUUAAUAGAUAGGAAAGUAACAGCGAGGAAUAGACCAAAUUUUGGUCUGCAGACUAGGAAGUAGUUAUCAAAUUUAGGAUAAAACGUGAAGUAGUUACCAAAUAUAUUUUUUAUUUUUUAUUCUCAUAAUUUGAUAGAUAAAAAUAACAAUCAAACAUAUUUUUUGUUUCAAUAUUUAUCACAAAAUAGAAACAAAAAAUAUCUCUAUUUUUAAUUAUUUUAAAAAUACAAAAAUAAAAACGUUACCGAACCACUCUGAUUCUGAGAAAACAGUUCAAAGCCGUGUUCCCCAAGUCAGACACAGUCCAACACUUACUUUUCUCCCAUUUAUAUUCUAUCUUCUUUCACAGCUUUAACACUUCAUUAUUUCCCAGGAAAAAACGAAGAAGAAAAAGAAAAACCAGUCCAUGGGCUACCUGAGAUUCGAGUUGAAUCUUCAAUCAGCUAGCAAUCUUAAAAACUUACGACGACAAUAUGGGAAGAAGAUGAAAGUUUACGCAAGGCUUACAGUUAACGACGACACCCGUACACUGGCUGAAACUCCGGUCGACAUGAUCGGCGGGACUAAUCCUGUAUGGAAUUAUUCGGCCAAGUACAUCAUAGACAAGUCGGCCAUCCGUCGGCAAGAUGACACCAUGCUUACCAUCAGGUUAUAUUAUAAGCGGUCUCGCGGCGGCGAUGGGUAUAUCGGCGAGGUUCGGGUUCCGCUGAAGGAACUUUUUCAACGUUCAAAUCCAGGUCGUGAGGAAGUAUUUGAGACGUCCGUUGGUGCAGAUCCAAUGCAACAACUUAAGUUUUCAUAUACGUUUACAACGAUGACCAACACAGAGACUACGGGUUCUGACUGGAUGAAGAAAUCCGUGAAGCUGGUUUGGACAAUUGUGCAAAUUGUACUUGCGACUGCGAAUUAG